CGCACCUCCUCCUCUCUCUCCUUAGUGCCACUAAUCUCGGUCUUCCACCGCCUUGUCUCUCUCGCAGUUUCCAGUACGCUCGUUUGUAGGGUUUCGAUCUUCGUAAAAGCCCAAAUACUGGAGAGAUAUUGGAGGAGGAGAUGAUGGAAGAGGCAGCGGUCGCGCUGGAUCUGGAAACCACGGCGCCGAUGGAGGAGAACCACCAGACUGUGGAGGCGGCGACAGCCAGGACGGCGGAGAUCGACCUGGAAACCACGUUGCCGAUGGAGGAGAACCACCAGACUGUGGAGGCGGCGACAACCGGGACGGCGGAGAUCGACCUGGAAACCACAGCGCUGAUGGAGGAGAACCCCCAGACUGUGGAGGCGGCGACUGCCGAGACGGCGGAGAUCGACCUGGAAACCACGGCACCGAUGGAGGACAGCCACCAGACUGUGGAGGCGGCGACAUCCGGGAAGGCGGAGAUCGACCUGGAAACCACGGCGCCGAUGGAGGACAGCUACCAGACUAUGGAGGCGGUGACAGCCGGGAUGGCGGAGAUCGACACGUCGGCGCCGUUCCUGUCCGUGAGGGAAGCGGUUGACCGGUUUGGCGGCAUCGCCAUCUGGAAGUCGCAGCUUAGGGAGCUAUUUCAUCCCGAAAAACUCAAUUACCCAGAGGAUGCUAACGAGGUUAUCAGCAUGGAGGAACAAGCAGCACAACUAGAGAUGGAUCUUAUUCUGAAAGAAAAGGAGACACUCAAUGUUUUACAAGAGCUUGAAAUGACAAAAAAGAUUGUGGAUGCUCUGAAAUUGAGAUUGCAAAAAGAAGUCCCUGAGGCCAUUAAAAUGCCUGUUGGGAACUUUGAUAAUAUGAUGAUACAGUCUGUUCCUGAAACAGAAGAACAUUGCCCCAGUGAUCUCGAGGAAGAUGGAGGGGCGAACCAGUCGAAGGAAAAUUUAAGCAUGAUCACUAGUGAUUUUGAGAAAGAUGUAGGUAUUGAUGACUCUAGCAUUGGGGUGAACCAAUCUUCGAAGAGGAUACCAGUGGAACUGAAGCAAGUGAAGGAAAAUCUAACCAAGACAGCAAGUGAUUUAGCUGAUAUUAGAACUUCCAUUGGGGUGCUGAACAUGAAAAUACAAGAGGAAAAACUCUUGUUAGAUAAAUCACAGGAGAAGCUAACCGCCAAUGCCGCUUUGAUUUCAUCCCUGGAGGAAGAUCUUAAUCAGACAGCAACUGAAUUGGAGAGGGCUGAAGAUUUAGAAAGUGAAAAUUGCGAAGAUUCCUCGAAUAUAUUGCACGAAAUCAAGGAAAUCAACUCUGAAGUUGAACAGUCAAAGAAGACGAAUGAAGCUUCGAAGGCUGAAGCUUCUGAGCUAGCAUCUGAGAUUGAGCACACAAAGUUAAGCAUCAAGACUGUUGAACUCCGGGGGCUUGCUGCUAGGAAGAUGGAAGAAGCAGCCAAAGCAGCUGAAGCUAUGGCUCUUGCUGACAUCAAAGCACUAAUUUGCAGCAACAAAGCAAUCUUUGAUCUUCAGAAUACGUGUGGUGUAACCCUUUCCAUGGAAGAGUAUAUGGCCUUGGCAAGCAAAGCUCAGGAAGCAGACCUAUACUCAAGAAAGAAACUUGAAACUGUAAUGCUUGAAGUGGACCAAGUGAACAUGUCUAAAUCACAGCUGCUGACAAAGGUGGAAGAAGCAAUGACAGAGGCAAAAAAAUGCAAGAAGGCGCUUGAAGAUGCGUUGAAGAGGGCAGAGGUUGCAAAUAGAGCGAAACUUGAAGUUGAGGAUGCCCUCCGCAGAUGUAGAUCAGAACAUGGCCACCAGAGUCACAAUGCUUACAACUCUACCAAAUUCAAGAAGGAUUCCCUGAUGCUUGACCUGAAGAGCUCAAGCAGUAGUGGCCAGCUAUCGAUCGGGCAGAUAUUGAGCAUGAAGUUGGCAGGCCCAGAAUCUCUCGAACAGCAUGAGAUAGGAGGAUCAUGGGAGAAGGAAAAUGAAAAGCCUACUGUUUCACUGGGUCAGAUGCUGAAUAAGAGACAUGGGGCCUGCUUGAUGUCGCAGAGGCUCGAGGAGAAUAGACAUUUGUCCAUUAAAAGGACCAAGCUCGGUUUUGUAGGGUUGCCUCAUCUCUUAGCGAAGCAAGGAAAGAACGCGAGGAAGAGGCAUUCCUCGAGCAUCGAGUGAUAGUUACUUGUUGUAGAUUAGUGUGAACCAGUGUGAUAUUACUUAGCUUCGUUGUCUAUGAAAUGUAAUCCUCUUUUUAUGUAGUUAGUGUAUGUUAUCUGUUGAAAGGUUAUUUGAAUAUAUUUCUGAUGCCGGUUUGUUGUAA